AUGAUAUCCCCACUAACCACCCGCCUCCACGCCUCCCAUAGCCGCUACAAAACCCGCAACCCCAGAUCCUACGCCGCCCACCAGGAAGCCCUCAAACACCUGCCUGGCGGAAACACCCGCUCCUCAAUUUUCUCUACCCCAUUCCCCCUCACCAUCGCCUCUGGCAAAACUGGCACCCUCACCUCCCUAGACGGACACACAUAUACUGAUUUUCUCGGAGAAUAUAGCGCUGGCCUAUUCGGCCACUCCAACGCGCGUAUAGCCAAUGCUAUAUCCACCGCCAUGACAGGUGGAUGGAAUUUCGGCGGCAUCAGCGUGCAUGAGUGUGCUUUUGCGGCGCGUGUGUGUGACCGCUUCAAGGAGGCUGGGGUGGAGAUGGUGCGAUUUACGAAUUCGGGGACGGAGGCGAAUACAAUGGCGAUUGCGACGGCUUUGGCGUUUGUUAAUAGUAGUGACAACGGGAACGAUGGCACGAGGACGAGUAGCACGAAGAAUAAAAUCCUCGUCUUCAGCAACGCAUACCAUGGCGCAACACUUACGUUUCCGAUGAGCCUUGUCGGCGGAAAUGGCGAUCAAGGCAGCGGAGUGAUGAGCAGCGGCGGCACCGCAGGCCCCGCAGCCACGAAUCUCCCACACGACUUCGUCAUGGCGCCAUACAAUAACAUCGCGGAGACGAGGGCAAUUAUCGAUUCCCUCGAUCCAAGCAAUAGCCUUGCUGCAAUCCUCUUCGAACCCAUGCAAGGCGCCGGCGGCUGUCGGACCGCCACGAAGGAAUUCGCUAGCUUCCUACGGCAGGUUGCGGACGAGCAUUGCGCGCUCCUCAUCGCUGAUGAAGUGAUGACGUCCCGACUGGGACCUGCGGGAUUAUGUGUGAGGUAUUUGGGUAUCAACCCUGAUAUUAUGACGUUGGGGAAAUGGGUUGGUGGUGGGAUGAGUUUCGGGGCAUUCGGGGCCAGGAGGGAGAUUAUGGAGUUGUAUUUACCUGCAGGUCCGGGGGAGGGGAAGGGGAGAGGGAAAGGGAGAUUGAGCCAUGCCGGGACUUUUAAUAAUAACAUAUUGACGAUGGUGGCCGGAUUCGAAGGCCUGGGCAUAUAUACGAGGGAGAGAGUUGAGGCGCUUAAUGCUUUGGGGGAUAGAUUGAGAGGCGGAGUUUGGAGUAUGCUUGCUGAUCGGGGAAUUAUCGGUGAACAUGUAAGGACGGGUGGUGAGUUAAGUGGAGGGUUUGGGUUUGUGGAGGUCGAUACGUUUCAUCGAGAGAAGCGGGAGGAGGAGACCAAGACCCUUCCACGAAUGUUUAUAAGUGGGUAUGGGAGCCUGAUAACCGUACGGUUUACUGGAGAUGCUGCAGAAGCGUGGCAGGCGCUGUUUUAUCACCAUAUGCUGGACCAGAAUGUUUAUCUUGCUAUGAGGGGCUACAUGGCUUUGACGUUAGAGACGACAGAGGGUGAUGUUGACAGGUUUAUCAAAUGCGUGGGGGCCUUUCUAGACCAGUAUGGAGAGGAGCUGCUGGUUGCUUAG